AGGUUGCCAGUCAGUCCCAGCGCCGUCGAAGUGCAGCACUUGAAUCCGUCAUUUUGCCAACCCGUUCUCCUUUGCUAGGCUGACAGAGUGCGAACCACGGCUGCCUUUCGGAGAUUCGAUUGAUUUUUUUUCUUAUUUUUUAUUUCUUCAAGAUUUAAUCAUAAGCGUGGCUAGCCAGGGAAUUAAAAGGUAAUUUUUGCCGUAAAAUCGUUGGUUUCGGGGCUCGAGAACCGGUGGAAGUUCCGUACGAUAAGGAAAAUGAGCAGCUCAGAGGAGGUUUCUUGGAUUUCCUGGUUCUGCGGACUUCGUGGCAAUGAAUUUUUCUGUGAGGUUGACGAAGAUUAUAUUCAGGAUAAAUUUAACUUGACCGGACUGAACGAGCAGGUGCCCAACUACAGACAGGCGCUUGAUAUGAUACUGGACUUAGAGCCAGAGGAUGAGAUCGAGAACAACCAGUCCGACCUGAUCGAACAGGCAGCCGAGAUGCUGUACGGUUUAAUACACGCGCGUUACAUCCUCACCAACCGCGGUAUAGCUCAAAUGAUAGAGAAGUAUCAGAGUGGCGACUUCGGUCACUGUCCGCGGGUGUACUGCGAGAGUCAGCCGAUGCUUCCAUUAGGUUUAUCCGAUGUGCCCGGUGAGGCGAUGGUGAAAAACUACUGUCCGAAGUGCAUCGACGUUUACACACCAAAGUCCUCGCGACAUCAUCACACGGACGGUGCAUACUUUGGCACCGGAUUCCCCCAUAUGCUGUUCAUGGUUCACCCCGAGUAUCGCCCGAAACGUCCCGCCAAUCACUUCGUACCACGUUUGUACGGCUUCAAAAUCCACUCGUUAGCCUAUCAGAUCCAGCUGCAGGCCGCUGCGAAUUUCAAGGCACCACUACGAGGGUGCUCGGCAAAGGUGAUGGAUAACUGAAGUGCUGCCAGUCGUCGGGUCAACGAGAAAAUAGUUUGAUCUGUUCCGAUGCGCCCGUUGCGACCUCGACGACAACCACCAAUGGCAGCAGCAGCAGCAAGCAGAGAAUGAAAAUAACAACGGAAGGAAAGUGAACAGCUGGAACAGGUUCUCCCGCGCAGGGAAACACGCGGAGCUCUUGGACACUUUUGACUACAGAGAGGCAUAACAGGCAAAAUCAACACUGUGGAACACUUAAUAAAUAGAACGGAAACUAAAAAGCAUCAUUAUCAUCCACCAAACACAACUAAUCCUAACAACAAACAAAGGCAAACGAAAUGUAAAAUUUGAAGGAAAUAACACAAGAAGAAAUCACUAACAGCGUCCUUGUAACUGGAAGUGACAUCUAGAUCUAAUAAUCAUUAAAUUCAAUUUAUCAUGAAAUGAAAAACUAACUUCACUUUUUAGAUAUAAAAUGUGCCCAGUAAAUGCUCCCGUUUGAGUUUAAUUUUCAUUAACAUUAUAUUUUAGCAUGAGCACUAAUAUCUCGUGCAACAUGUUCCAAUAUAAUUUUCUCAGCAUAUAUGAAAAUCAGCUCAAAUGGGAGCAUUUUCUAGGAAUCAAAAUUCACCUGAAAAACAUCAAUAAAAUUUUGAAAGGGCGUAAACUAUAUGAAAACCAGAAAACAAUUGACUAACUAGGCAGAGGUGAGCAUCGUUUGAAAAUGUCAACUAUACAUUAACUGAUUAUAGUAAAAAUAUACACUCAAAUGAAGAAAGGAAGAACGCAAAACCAAAACCAAUAAGGUGUAUCGAACUCUCUUGGGGAAAUAUUAUAGCAAAGAUUCGUUUCCAAUACGACGUGUUCUAAUAACCAAUAAAAAAAAACAACAGUGCGUAAUAAACCGUGGAUCGAACGGAUCGAGAAAGUGGAGCAUCAUCUCAUAAACUUCGGUAGAAAUCAAUUUUUUUAAAUCGACAAAUGACGGCAAAUACCAACAGAUGAAAAAAGGUAAACCGUGAAAUGAAGCCGUAAUAUUAAAGCAACUUUGUUGAGAACGACCGAUCAAACUCGUGUUUUUUUUUCGUUAUGCUUUCAGUUUUCCUUUUUAAGUGAAACGUGAUUUUUUCAUCACUAUAGGUAUUGUUUUGAAAACUACUUACUUUCGACUAAAGUCCCGUUGCCGGUCCCAAAAUGUGGCGCAAAAACAUAACAAAGUUAGAAAACUCGUCGAGUGAAUGAAGUUUAAAAUAAUAAUCAACAGAAAUGUCCAAGACUCAGCAUGGAGCUUCAAUGAAGAAUGUUGGAAAUUGGAAUACUUGUUGUAUCGAUUCCAUAUAAUUCCAGACGAAAUAGAUCAGUUAAAGGAACUGUUAAAUAACCGAAUCUUCUAAAACGGGAGUUAAAAUAAGGGACCCUCAACCAAAGUUUCAAAAUAAGCAUAAUGAAAAAAUCACAUAUUGCAGCAGAUUUUUUUCUGACUAUGUUUCUAUUCAAAUGUCCCUUUAAAUAGAACCGGUCGGUCUACCUAAAAUUUGUUUGUCAAACCACAAUUAUUAAAAAGGUUUGUUGUUUUUUUUUUUGGUGAAACCCUCUCUUGUUGAAGUACUUUUGUUUUGCCAAUCAAUGAACAAAUAAAAAGUGAAAUAAAAACAGUCAAAAACUUU